ACAUUGCUUUUUUCUUCUUCUUCCCCACCCUUCAUUUUUUUUUGCAAGAGCUGUUUUCUCUACUUUGCUCAGUCUGCAUUUGGCAGGAGAAACGUCAGCCUCUUGAAUGAUCUGAUUCUUUCCUCGCGCCAAUUUAUUCCUGGCCAGAUGCAGUGGAUACUGCUCUUGUUGCUGUUAUUUGUGAACUCCAUGGAAGUGCUCGCCCAAGCCAGAAGGAAGAAACGAGUAAGUGCCACGUUGUUUGAGAACUGCACCGGGUGUAUUAUGUGUUCGGAGGACAACGGAUGCAUCUCCUGCCAGCAGCGGCUUUUCCUGCUCAUCUGGAGGGAUGGGAUCCGCCAGUAUGGUGCGUGUGUCCAUGCCUGUCCACCGGGAUAUUUUGGCGUGCGAGGUCAAGAAGUCAACCGAUGCAUUAAGUGCAGGUCACCCAGCUGUGAGAGCUGCUUCAGCAAAGACUUCUGCAUGAAAUGCAAAGAGCAUUUCUACCUGCACAAAGGCAAAUGCUUCAGCUCGUGCCCCCUGGACACUGUGGCUCAGCACAGUACCCGGGAAUGCCAAGUCUCAUCCCUGUCAGAAAAGUGUGAGAUGGGUCCUUGGGGCAACUGGAGUCCCUGCACCAACCAAGGCCGGACGUGCGGCUCCAAGUGGGGCUCGACAACCCGGGUCCGUGAGGUCUUCCGGAGCAGCAGAGAUGAUGUGGCGAUGUGCCCCACGCUCUCCGAGUUCAGGAAGUGCCGCCUGAGGAAGCGCUGCCCGGGAGAGAAGAAUGAAAACAAAAGGAAAGAGAAAAGGGACAAGAAGCAACAGAAGAAGAAAAAGUUGGAUUCUCUAAUGAUUACUUAAUCAGCUUCAGAGCACGUGGAAUGACAAGGAGAGGACAAUACAUGAGGCAGUCCAGCAGGGGGCAUCCUAGUGGACAAAAAGACCUUUUCUCUCUGCCUCAGGAAGGUUCCUUCCUCAGUUAUUUUGUGUGGUUAUGUUUUCCAUCCUUUCCAUCCAGAUCAUCUUGCGCAAUCCUUCUCGCCCUUCUUUCCAGAAAGAGAGGAAAGGGAGCAUUUAUGGCCUGUCAGAUGUUUCCCCUUUAGAGAGUCUAAUUUGCCACAUCACUCACUCACUCACUCGCUCACUCACUCACUCGCUCACUCGCUCACUCACUCGCUCACUCGCUCACUCACUCGCUCACUCACUCGCUCACUCACUCACUCACUCUCUCUCUCUUACACACACACACACGCACCUCUUUUUCUACCCCCAGUUUGCUGGAACGCUCAUGAGGUUGCACCAAUAGAAGAGCAUCGAAAGCCACGUCAGAAGCCAUCCCAUGGGUGUUGCUGACACUUCCCGCAUGUCCUUUCUUGAAAUGGAAAGACUCCCCAAUGGGACUUAUGGAAGAGCAGAGGAGAAGGAUGUGACCAAAAGGCACAAAGACAGAAAAAGGGUGUCGCUCCGUGACAGCGCAUCUGCUUUGAGUGUAGAAGGUCCCCGGUAGGGCUGGAAAAGGCCUCUCUGCCUGAAACCCUGGAGAGCUGCUGCCGGUCAGUGUAGACGAUGCUGACCUAGAUGGACCAGUGGUCUGACUCGGUGUGAGGUGGUUUCGUUUUGAGUUCCAGAGGCAGCGAGACAGCCUAACUCUGUUAGGGCCUGGGAAGGGUUAAAGCCUUGUAGGUCUACGGCCAUCUCUUCGCCUGCACUGUGUAUCUCCUUUCAGAGCAACACAGGAAUGGCCACACACACGAUGCUGCUGCCUGUGUACCACAGACUCAUUCGUAGAUGGAUGGACAACCCCAAUGGGCUGACUCACCUGUUUUUCCACAUCCUUUGCCUGGAACCAGAACAGGCCACCCAACGGAACUGUUAGAGAGAAGUUGGCGGAGAUCUCGCAGUCAUCCAUCAUAGUUCUCAUCCUAAGAAGAUGAUGGGAAGUCCUUAGAAGCAUUUGCUGGGCAACCGUUUUAUGCCUCUCUUCUCUCCGCCCCUCCCCAAUUGGAAGACAGGAGCCUUCUUGCACAGCAGAGAUGGCAAAGUGAAUUGCUGGGAGUCUCUCUUGGGGCUGCUUUGGGCUCUGUCAUCAUCACCCAGGAUGAGAUGUGGAUUGCUGCUGGCAAUGCCCAGCAAGGCUGGGCAGCUGACGGGGCCCCACUGUUGUGUGAAGGGCCCAGCAAGCCAAGCUCUGGACCCCAUUGGAUCUCAAAUUCACCCUCUGCACUGCUUUUCCUGCACACUUUCACUGGAGAGGGAUCUUACAGCAGCCUGAACGCAACCUAACGUUGUGUCCAAGGGGUGGUCCAUCCCCAUUUGAAAAGGCACUGCUGGUAUCUCUGCUUCUCCUUUCAGGAGACCAUGGGGGGGUGCUGUGCAUGAAUAUAUCUUUCUCCAUUUGUUCUUCCAUUUGUUCUUUGGAGCUAAAAAUGUGGCUGGUUUUACUGUUCCUCAUGUAUUAAAAUGGCAGUUUCAUCAUUCAUUUGCAAAAAAGAAAAAAAAACAUUUGUUUUCACCACAACCUUUCUCUCUUUCCUACCGUAUUUUUUUUCCAGUUUGGAGACCAGAGUUGAUUUCAUCUAUUCUAUCCUCCUGGCAAUCCCCAUUUGUUUCAUUCAGGGACAUUCUGAAGGAAAAAUGGAAGCUGCUGUAAAGCGUCCCAGCACGAUGCAACAUCCGGGGGUGGGGAGUGUUCUGGGAAGAUCAAAUGGUACCAGCCUCUACAACCACUGGAGAAAACUGACUUUCCCUCCUGAAUCAAUUAUGAAUGGGUACAUAUGGGACACUGAUUAUAAAUCUAUUUGUGCCCAUUCAUACUGGUAUGAAAUGAAUGGGCCCCAUUUUGGUUCAUUUCUUUUAUCUGUUACAAAAUGAAAGUAGGCCGGUACAGGGGUGGUUGGUGAAGUACUGGGGAUCUGAGCAAGCUGAGGGUUAUGUUCACCUAAGGUCACAUCCACACCAGACAUUUAUUCCGCUUUAAACAGUCAUGGCUUCCCCCAAAGAAUCCUGGGAAGUGUAGUUUGUGAAGGGUGCAGAGAGUUGUUAGGAGAUUGUUAUUCCUCUCACAGAGCUACAAUUCCCAGAAUUCUGUGGGAAGAGGGGUUGACUCUGGCCAUUGGAGCUCUGUCAGGAAAACAGGGGUCUCCUAAUAACUUUCAGCACCCUUCACAAACUACAUUUCCCAGGAUUCUUUGGGGGAAAGCCAUGACUGUCUAAAGUGGAAUAAAUGUCUGGUGUUCAACUAAGGGUUAUGUUCAACUAAGGCCACAUCCACACCAUACAUUUAUUCCACUAU